CAAGAAUCCGCUCGGUGGCGACGACGGUCUGUUGCAUAUUUAUUUAUCCUUUUACGACUUCAUAAUACUAUAGUGCAUUUUUGUUUACGUUUUUAUCCCGUGAUAACGUCACAAAGGUUUCGGUUAAGGGUUGACCGUCUGGUUAAUUUAACGGUUAACGGUAUAGGUGUUUUUUUUUUAAAGGAUUUUAACGAGAACUUUCCCUUCUUUUACCUGGUUGUUGGGUGCUCGUGAUGGUCGGUGUUCCUCCUUUGCCCUGCCUACAUUUCGUUGAAUAAUAAUAAUUCGUGGGAUUUUUUUUCGUGAUUUCACUAGUUUGUUAAAGGAUAUUUUUAUUUUAAAAUAUGGCUUUGGAAAACGUACAGGUGGAAGUGCCAGGAGGCAAAACGAAUGUUUUGUCCUCGAACCGUCGGAGAUGAUUGUGAUUGACUAUCCAGACAUUGAUCCGAGUAGGAGGGUACAAAAUCCUACGAUAAUGGAACAUCAACAGCACAGACCGAUAAGCAUUAUGUUUGACGACGCUUACGGCAACCAUCCUCACAACAACCUACCAAGACCGAGCCUCUACCACAAAUGUUCCAGAGGCUCGCACUCUUCCGACACUUCAUCCGCCUACAGUGGCAGCGACACAAUGGCUUCAACCCAUUCAGAACUUGAUGGUGAUGAACCAGAUUUAUCUGGCCUGGUAGAGAGUAUUGUAGAUAGUGACGAAGAAGAUGAUUUAGCUGAGAGCAUGGAUAGUUUGACUGUAAGAGAUAGAGUACGAGACUGUUUGGAAAAGGAACCGACUGAACGCACUGACGAUGAUAUUGAAGCACUUUUAGAAUUUACUCAACACUUGAAGGCUUUUACUAACAUGACACUGGCAGUACGAAGAGCUUUAUGUGCAGUAAUGGUUUUUGCCGUAGUGGAAAAAGCUGGCACAAUUGUAAUGAACGACGGAGAAGAACUAGAUUCGUGGUCUGUCUUAGUAAAUGGCUGCGUAGAAGUUGUAAUAUCUGGCGAAGAAAAUCAAACAUUAACAAUGGGAGAUGCUUUUGGGAUUCUACCAACUAUGGACAAAUUAUAUCAUAAGGGAGUUAUGAUAACCAAAUGCGACGAUUGCCAGUUUGUUUGUAUAACUCAGUCAGAUUACUAUAGAAUACUUCAUCAAGGGGAAGAAAAUACUAGGAGGCAUGAAGAAGAUGGUAAAUUAGUAAUGGUGACUGAAUUGCGAGGCUCAGCUGAGUCUGGUUUAAAUCGUAGAGGACACGUGGUCAUACGUGCCACGCCUCAAAGACUCAUGCAUCAAUUAGUUGAAGAAAACUCCCUUACCGAUCCAACUUAUGUCGAAGACUUUUUGUUGACUCAUAGAGUAUUCACUCCAAGUCCCCUGUAUAUUGCAAAUCAACUAUUGGAGUGGUUUAAAGACCAAGAAGUCAGAGACAGAGUCACUAGAGUUGUACUACUUUGGGUCAACAAUCAUUUUACUGACUUUGAAACUGAUCCUGAUAUGAUUGAGUUUUUGGAAACUUUUGAGCAAGGUUUAGAGGAUGAGCAUAUGGGAGGGCAAUUGCGCUUGCUCAAUAUUGCUUGUGCUGCCAAAGCACGUAUUAGAAAUGUUGUGUUAGCCAGGCCCAAUAGAGACGAGCCUUUAAGCUUUCAAAUUUUAGGCGGAUUUGAAAGGAAUUUUGGUAUUUUUAUUAGUAAAGUUGACAAAAAGUCUAAAGCGGAAGAGGUUGGUUUGAAGAGAGGGGAUCAAAUAUUGGAAGUCAAUGGACAAAGUUUUGAGCAUGUGUCGCAUGCACGGGCUAUGGAGAUUUUACGCGGAACUACGCAUUUGAGUAUAACAAUUAAAUCGAAUUUGUUGCACUUUAAGGAAAUGUUGAAUACUCCGGAUAAUUCGCCGAGGCCUAGGAGCAGGAAGGUUUCUGAAAUUGUCAAAAUUCAGCAUGAUCCAAGAGCCAGGCUGUCCAGUAUCGAAGGCAAUAUCAUCCUAGGACAUGACACACCGUGCUCUCAGCCAAUAACCAUCAACAGUCCGCAAAAAGAGGCCAAAAAACCAAUAUUUUCGACUAUGGGCCCUAAAAGACGAUUGCAAAAGGCCCUUAUGAAAAUGAACAUUUUACCUAAGAAUAUUAUCAAUAUGGGUAUGGGUACAGACCAAGUGGACAGCUUUAUUCCACCUUCAAACCUUACAAACAACAUUUACCAAUCUCAAAGUAAUCCAGACCUAAUGUCAAUUUGUUAUGAUGAUUUACGUUUAACUGACUAUCCUGAGCACGUAUUAAAAGUCUACAAACCGGAUCAGAGUUACAAAUAUUUGCUCAUUCAUAAGGAAACCACAGCUCAUGAAGUUGUAAUGUUAGCUCUGCAAGAAUUUGGCAUUACUGAUCCUAGUUCCAACUAUAGCUUGUGUGAAGUGUCAGUGACUGAUACACAAACAAUUAAGCAACGUAGAUUGCCUGAUCAGUUGCAGAAUUUAGCUGAAAGAAUCGGCCUUAGUAGCCGAUAUUAUUUGAAAACAAAUGGCAUAACUGAGACUUUGGUACCAGAUGAAUUGGCUCCUGAAUUAGUGCGAGAGAGUGCGGUGCACUUUUUACAACUCAAUGCUGUUGAAAUUGCCAUUCAACUAACGUUGCAAGAUUUUAGUAUAUUCAGGCAAAUUGAGCCUACUGAGUAUAUUGAUGAUUUGUUCAGGCUGAAAUCUAGAUAUGGUACGCCAAUGCUGGAACAGUUUGAGGCCCUUGUUAAUAAGGAAAUGUUUUGGGUAGUCAGUGAAGUUUGUGCCGAACAAAAUCCUGUAAGACGAAUGAAGAUUAUUAAGCAGUUUAUUAAAGUAGCAAGACAAUGCAAAGAAUGUAAAAACUUCAACUCGAUGUUUGCAAUAAUCAGCGGUUUGGGACACGGUGCAGUGGGCAGAUUAAGACAAACGUGGGACAAAUUGCCAGGAAAAUAUCAAAGGAUUUUCAACGAUUUGCAACAGUUAAUGGAUCCUUCUAGGAAUAUGAGCAAGUAUCGGCAACUGGUCAGUGCUGAACAAACUCAACCGCCAAUUAUUCCAUUUUACCCUGUGGUUAAAAAAGAUCUGACUUUUAUACACGAAGGCAACAGUUCACAUGUCGAAAGCCUAGUAAACUUUGAAAAGUUGCGCAUGAUUGCCAAAGAAGUGCGAUCACUCAGCAACAUGUGUAGCAGCCCUUACGAUUUACUUACAAUGCUGGAACUUGGAGGACAGCCUGCUAGCAAUGCCAUGGUCGCUCUGAAUCAAAUGACAACAUCUUCGUCAAAGUACCAUACGCAUGGUAAUGGUCAAGCUACAGUAAAACGUCGUAAAAAAUCAACAGCAGCUCCAAACCCCAAAAAAAUGUUCGAAGAAUCUCAAAUGGUGCGCAGAGUGAAAGCCUACCUGAACAAUUUGCACGUGGAAACCGACGAGAAAAAACUACACGAAAUGUCAGCAGAAUGCGAAGGCAACGCCAACGCCGGCAGCGGAUUUUCAGGCCCCGGUAGCCAACGAGCCAAACGACACGCCUCACCAGCCCCCUCUACCACUAGCAGCACAAGCAGCGCCAGCGACGAACGAAAACCCACCGCUAAAUUUGGUUCCGCGUCACCUCAGGCGGUCAGAAAGCUGCUGGCGUUGUCGGAACCUGCCAAAGCGCGGCCGCAUCAGCCUAGGCAAACUCCCACGCAUGCCGUGCCCAUUAACCAACCCAGUCCUGCUGUACGGAGAGCUCCUAGCGCUACAGGAAGUUACUCGAGUUACGGUUCGCACAGCUCAAGCAGUUCAGGAGCAGGAGGCAGAGCCAUGCACGAACGUUCCCACUCCGACACGCCCACUCCUCUGCCUUCAGUCGCUCUAUCAGCAGAAAGCAGUAGCGUCACGUCUCUGAGCAACUUGCCUUUGCGCAAGACUCUCACUUCCGCAGGUUCGGUCACGUCUUCCGAUUCGGGGCACAGCACCAUUAGUCAAGUGACCACUGGUUCGGCCAACGAUUGUCACCAGUAUCAGGCGCGGUGUCCGAGUCCGUCGAGACAUUCCACAAUUUUACCCACAGGCUGGUGUCCAGUGCGGUCCGGUGCUAUUCCACCUUGUCCCCAAGCUGUGGCGGUGCUGCCCCCUUUACCCCAAGCUUUGCGCAAUGGUGCAAAUAGACGACAACCCCCCUCUUACAGUGUUGCCGCCCACAUGGCUCGGUUACACAGAUUGGGUAGGGCUCAUUCCCACGAAGGUGUGACUCAAGGCUACCAUUAUCACACUGAUCCUGAUACGGAUCAAGAUGACGAAGAAACGCAAGUUUCGGCAGUUUAGAGUGGGCGACCCUUCCCCCCACCAGGGAAAUUGUUAGUUUUAUGACAUAUGUGCACUUUUUGUGUAUUUUAUAUGGGGUACCGGGAUUAACGUCAAAUUUUUGAGAUUUGACGUUUGUCCCUGUGUCAAGUACCUGAUGAUUAUUAGAUGCGCAUUUACUAUUAUUUUUGCAUUAUUAUAUCUAUAGGAGAAGUUUUAUUGUUAUAUUUGUAUAUAUAGGUUUUUUUAAGAUAUAUUUUGCCCUUGAAUCAGUAUUUUUUUCCUUUUCUAUUUUUGGUUCGCAUGUAUGUAAGUUGCACCACUGCUGGUUAAAAUUAUCGACCCUUGAAUAUUUGUUUUGUGUACAGGGUUGCCAAAUGUAUUUUUUAAUCCUUAAUUCAUUUAUCGGACCUGUGUGAAUUCUGACUAAUUUCACUGUCAAAAUUGUUGUGAUCUUCCUUCAAUUGCUGCUGAGUAAGAGAGAAAGAAAAUUUAGAUCAGCACCUAGCAUUUGUCCAUUUAAUAAAUUCGUCCAGGUAGGCCAAAGAAUAGAAUUCUAUUUUUAGAAAGUCACAUUAGAGAUAAAACCAACUGAGAAGAGGCCACCGCGUGAUCUUCUAUCUCACUUCAAUGGGAGGGCCCUAGAGAAAAGGGAAUUUGCCUUCUUCGUCAGUGAUGACGUCAGGGGUUCUUCUCAGUUGAUUCUUACUCUACCUGUUUAUUAUUGACAAAAUUUUCCAUUGAGCAUUUUAAUAACCAUCUGUCAUGUAAACUAGACUUCUGAUAUCAACUGUAUAGAAUGUCACAUUUUUCAAUCAAAGUAUUCAAUCCUAUUGAGUAAAAUUCCUUCAGUAUUGACAGUACAUAUCAAAAUUCAAUACUUAACCUUGACUUUUGACAUAUAAAGCUUCUUAUAAACGUCAAAUGUCAAGUUAAACCUAAAGCUCGAUAUUAUCAAUAGGUCUGUUUGUCUGACUGGUUUGUGGUUGCUGUGCAAACAGUCCUAAUAUUUGAAGGAAAUUCCCAAGAUUCCUAAAGUUAAUGGGUUGCCUCGUAAUGGUAAACAGAUGACGUCAUCAGGAGGACCUAAUGGAGAUUUACAUUAUGUUUAGCUAGGCACCACAGAUGACGUCAUGAAAUGCAGGCAACCUACCUCUUUCAAAUAGUCUUGGGAAAUUCCAAAUAAAUUUUUAUGAAAUAUUAUGUGUUAUCAUCUGUCAUCGAUAUCAUGAAUUUGUUAAUCGAUUUCUAUCUGGGUGACAUCAGAAUUAUUUUGAAUAAAAGAUGGUUUCCUGGAAAUCCUUAACGUUUUAAAAAAUCUUUAUUUUUCUCAAAAUCUUACAACCUUGUGAUAAACAAUACAAAUUUUAUACUAAUGUCGCCCCAUUACAACGUUGCCAGAAAAAAAGUAAAAUAACGAUAUUUCAGAUUCACUACUACGAACCGUUGAAAUCAAGAGCCGGGAAUAAUAAAAAUUUGGAAAAAUAGCAACAAAUUAAGAAACCUGGCAACACUGCCCUGAUAAAAAAAAAAAGAACUACAUCUGAAUGACGUCAUUUUAACAUCAGAAUUAGUUGAUUUUGGAGAUGAAGUUCCUAAAAUAAAAUUCUAUUCAAUGUGAUCUGGUCCAGCGAUGUCUUUAUUUUUCUUAAAAUCUGACAACGUCUGAUUAAUAAUUAAAUUUUCACAUCUGUUGACUCGUUGCAAUGUUGCCAAAGAAUCAAAUCGAGAGCCGGGAAUAAUGAAAAUUUAAAGUGUUUAAUGGAAAUACAUACAUGAUAAACUUCAACUUAGAAAAACCUGGCAACAACACUCUGAUUACAAAAAUUAUUCGAUUCUAUUUAAGUGACGUCAUUUUGACAUUAGAAUUAUAUUUUAAAUGACACAUGGUUCUAGAGGUAAAGAAUUAUAUUCAUUGAAUGUGAUCUGAUCUACAAUGUCUUUAUUUUUCUCAAAAUCUGGCAACGUCUGAUUAGCAAUAAAUUUUUCACAUUUGUCGAUUCAUUGCAAUGUUGCCAAAACAUCGAAUUGAAAUCAAAUUGAGAGCCGGGAAUAAUGAAAAUUUGAACUGUUAAAUAAAACAAUCUGCAUAUUAAGAAACCUGGCAACAUCGCCCUGAUUAUUAUUUUUUUUAUCUAAAUGACAUCAUUUUGAACUCACAACUCUGUUUGAAAUGACUGAUGGUUUUGAGGGUAAAGCAAGGUUCCUAAAGUAAAUAGGUUGGGUUGGUAAUAGGUAACUUGAUGACGUCAUCUGGUGUGCCUUAUGGAGAUUUGCAUUAUGGUUGAAACAACCUUGGGGGUGAUUUUCUCAAAAUCUGGCAACAUCUUAUUAGCAAAAACUUUGUUUACAUUUGCCAGGUCAUUGCAACGUUGCCAAAAAAUCGAAUCCGAGAGCCGGGAAUAAUGAAAAUUUGAACUGUUUAAUGAAAAUAUAUACCUACAUGAUAACAAACUUCAAAUUAGAAAACCUGGCAACAACGUCCUGAUCACAAAAAUUAUUGGAUUUUAGGUGACGUCAUAUUAACAUAUCAAAAUUCUAUUAUAAUUUAAUUGACAGAUAGUUUUGGGGGUGAGGUUCCUAAAAUAGAAUUCUCUUCAAUGUGAUCUGGUCCAGUGAUGCCUUUAUUUUUCUCAAAAUCUGGCAACGUCUGAUUAGUAAUAAAAUUUUCACAUCUGUCGGCUCAUUGCAAUGUUGCCAAAUAAUCAAAUUGAAUUGAGAGCCGGGAAUAAUGAAAAUUUGAACUGUUUAAUAAACCAAUUAAGAAACCUGACACCGCCUGACACCGCCCGACACAUGGUUCUAGGGGUAAAGAGUUAUAUUCAUUGAAUGUCAUCUGGUCCACGAUGUCUCUAUUUUUCUCAAAAUCUGGCAGCGUCUGAUUAGCAAUAAUUUUUUUAUAUUUAUCGGCUCAUUGCAACGUUGCCAAAAAAUCGAGUGCCGAGAAUAAUAAAAAUUUGAACGGUUUAAAGAAAAUAGUAACAAACCAAGGUUGGUAACAAACUACAAAUUAGGAAACUAGGCAACACUGCUCAGGAGGUUGUCGAGGUUGAUUUUCGAAACAAGGAAGGGGCGCUCUCAUGAGAACAAAUUUUCUAUACUUAUUACUCAUAUCGGAUUUUGCAUGGAACUGAGAAGGACAGGACACUUGUUCUCAUAGAAAUCUGGUUCUUUUGUUUCGAGAAUCAGUGAAGUGACGUCAUUUUGACAUCAGAAUUCUAUUUUGAUUGAAAAAUUGUUUUGGGAGUGAAGUUCCUAAAAUAGAAUUCUAUUCAAUGUAAUCUGGUUCAGCGGAUACCUUUAUUUUUCUCACAACCUGGCAACACCGCCCUGAUCACAAAAAAAUUAGUUUCAUCUAGGUGACGUCAUUUUCACCUCACAAUUCUAUUUGAAAUGACAGAUGGUUUUGGGGGUGAAGCAAGGUUCUUGAAAUUAAUAAAUUGUUCGAUAAUAGGUAACUUGAUGACGUCAUCUAGGGGUGCCUAAUAGAGAUUUGUAUUAUGGUGGAGUCCCCAGAUGAUGUCACAAAAUUUAUUAGGCAACCUACCUCUCUCAAACAAUUUUGGGGGUGAAGUUCCUAAAAUAGAAUUCUAUUCAAUGUGAUCUGGUUGAGCGAUGCGUUUAUUUUCCUCAAAAUCUGGCAACGUCUUAUCAGCAAAAACUUUGUUUACAUUCGUCAGCUCAUUGCAACGUUGCCAAAAAAAUCCUAGUUGAGAUCAAAUCGAGAGCCGGGAAUAAGAAAAAUUUGAACUGUUUAAUAAAAAUCCAUAGUAAGAAACUACAAGUUGAGAAACUAGGCAACACCGCCCAGGAGGUUGAUUUUCAAAACAAUAAGGGAGGUACGUUCUCAUAGGAACAAAUUUUUUGUCCUUGUCACUCAAUAUCAGAUUUUGCAUAAAACCUGAAAAGGACAGGGUACUAUUGUUCUCAUAGGAAUCUGCCUCCCUUAUUUCGAGAAUCAGACGCCUGAUCACGAAAAAAAAAAUUCUAUCCGAGUGACGUCAUUUUGACAUUAAAAUUCUAUUUAAAAUGACAAGUGAAGUUCCUAAAAUAGAAUUAUAUUCAAUGUGAUCUGGUCCAGCAAUGUUUGUAUUUUUUUCUUAAAAUCUGGCAACGUCUGAUUAGCAAUAGAAAAUUUUACAUUUUGUCGGCUCAGUGCAACGUUGCCAAAAAAUUUGAGUAGAAAUCAAAUCAAGGGCCGGGAAUAAUAAAAAUUUGAACUGUGAACAGUAACAAACACUUUACAAAUUAAGAAACCUGGCAACAUUGCCCUGAACCUAAAAUAGAAUUCUAUCUGAGUGAUGUUAUUUUGAAUGACAGAUGGUUUUGGGGCAAGGUUCCUAAAGUUAAUAGGUUGUUUGGUAACUUGAUGACGCAUCUGGGGUGCCUUAUGAAGAUUUGCAUUAUGUUGAAGCAAUUCGGAUGACGUCAUAAAGUUUUCAAGUAACCUAUCUUUCUCAAACAACCUUGGUUUUGGGGGUGAGUUUCCUAAAAUAGAAUUUCAUUCAAUGUGAUCUUAUUUUUCUCAAAAUCUGGCAACAUCUAAUUAGCAAUAAAAAUUUUCACAUUUGUCGGCUCAUUACAACGUUGCCAAAAAAUCGAGUUGCAAAUCAAAUCAAGAGCCGGGAAUAAUGAAAAUUUGAACUGUUCAAUAUAAAUACUAACAAACAAUUUAUAAAUUAAGAAACAUGGCAACACCGCUAUGAUCACAAAAAAAAAUAGACUUCUAUCUGAGUGACGUCAUUUCGACAUCAGAAUUCUAUUUCAAAUGACAGAUCUGGUCCAGCGAUGGUUUUAUUUUUCUCAAAAAUCUGGCAACCUGGGAUUAGCAAUAACAUUUCACAUUUGCACAGCCUGAAUUGCAAUAAGCAUUCCAUCGAGGCCUGCGGAUGACGUCUUCACUAUAAGCUGCUUUGUGGUGACGUCAUUCGCAGACCUUGCCGACUCGAGAAUUGACGCCUUAUGAGGAUGAGCAAUCCUGUUAGUAUACGAUUUUUGACGUUUGCCGCUUCAUUGCAACGUUGUCAAAAAAAAAAAUAGGGAUUUUUGAGAUUCACUAUGAAUGAAUUUAGAGUCGGGCAUAAUGAAAAUCUGAAUGAAACAGUAACAAACAACCUACAAUUUUAGAAACCUGGCAAUACCGCCCUAUAAGUACCUAGUACCUUAAAUAGAAUUCUAUUAAAUGAGUGUCUAGAGGCUUUUUACUGACCAAUUCACAACUUUUUACUGUCCGACUUUUUAGAGAAAACUUUCCUGACUGGUGUGAUAAUUUUAAUCAGCAGAAAUGAUUUGACAACAAUGUAAAAUUGAUUUAUCUCAGGAUGUUUUUCUUUCUUUUUAGGACCGGUUUAUUCACCUUCUGAUAAACUGUCAGAUAUGUAAUCAAAUCUGUUAUCCCAUUGGUCGGCCAGGUAUCCGCCAACCAAUAAAAUCAAAGAAUGGUAAAUUUAUCUUGCAAAUAGUUACCAGCAAGUUUAUUUAAAGAUGAAUAAACCGGGCCUUAGUAGUGCUUGGCUAAAUUUUUGUUAAAUCCAUUCCAUUGUAAAUAUUUACUUAUAAAAAAAUGCGUGUUACUUUCUACAUAUCCACUUGUUGUUUAAUGUAAUUCUUCCAGUUGUUGACCUGUUGACGAUAAUUAAUUACCUACUCACUCAGGGCUGGUUUAUUAACCUUCUGAUAAAUUGACUGAAACAGAUAUAAACGUAAUCCUAUUGGUCGGCCAGUUAUCCGCCUGGCAGUUUAUCUGAAGUUGAAUAAGCCAGGCCUCAAUAAAAUAAUACUUGUAACAAUUUCGAUUUGAUUGGUCCAAUUAAAUUUUGACACUUGAACACUUUGACUAAAAGAUUUGAUAUCAAAACUGUCAAUAAUUGACAAAAAUCUAUAUUUACUUCUGACUGAUGAAUAUAUUUUUUUCUUUUUUUAAUUUUUCUUUUUUUGAAUAAUAUUUAAGUUGCAAUCUUAUAGGUUUAAUGUGAUUGAACUAGUCUUGCUUUUGAUUAUUACUACAUAUUGUCUAUUUACAGUCUGUCCAAAGGUGCAGAUUAUGAAUAGGAUAUAGAAGCUCUGUUCCAACUGACAUCAGAACUGUUCCAAAAGACAUCAGAACCGUUCCAAAACCAGUAAUUUCCACUUGCCCACCUAUUUGACAAAUUAAUUGAUCAACUGGAAAUUACCCAGUUCUAGAACGGUUCUCAUGUCAGUUGGAACAGAGCUAUUGUAUAAGAAUUGUUUCUUCAAAUAAUGAAACUUUAUAUUUUCUCGAUAUUUUUUUUUAUGUAUAUUUUGUACAAACCUAUCUUUCAACUGCAAAAAUAAAUUAUUAUAAUAAUAAGUAUAGUUUAUUUGUGUUUUAUUUACUACAUUACGUAACGACAUUCAGAUAUUUUGAUGCAAGGCCCGUUGAGUUUGCUCCUGAUGUAGCCGUCUUUGCAAAAGCAGCCGGGGUUGCAUUGGGUGGCGCAGUUUGCAAACUGGCGGUUGUUGCACGUUGAAAUACAUAAGGAGCCGCAAGGGUUGUAUUUUUCGUUUUUACCACAUUUUUCUAAAACAACAUUU